GUUUACUGUUGCGAACCAAUAUCAAUUCCAUCUCAGUCAUCAAUUCAACACACAGCAAAAUCAAGAACCAGGCAGAUUGACGGAAACACUCGAGGAAAAAUGGCAGGAAGAUUGAGCAACGUUGCUUCACGGAUCAUGGGAGGGAACGGCGUCGUGAUGCGGUCCGCCGCCGCCUCCCUCCGCGGCCGCGCCGGGAUGGGACUCCCCGUCGGCAGACACAUCGUCCCCAACAAACCACUGGCGGUAAAUGACGAAUUGGUUUGGGACAACGGUACCAACCUUCCGGAGCCUUGUAUCGAUCGAAUUGCCGAUACUGUUGGAAAGUAUGAAGCUUUGGCUUGGUUAUGUGGAGGUUUGAGCUUCUUCGCGUCAUUGGGGUUAUUGGCUGUGUGGAAUGACAAAGCAUCCAAGAUACCCUUUGCACCAAAAGUAUACCCAUAUAACAAUCUGCAAGAGGAGCUCGGUGAUCAAGAUCGAUAGCUUACUACGCGGGGCACGCUUGAGGGACUUGUACUGUUGCACAAACUUUUCUUCUUUUGAAUGUGGUGAUGGUUGGGAAUAAUGGCUGUAACUGAAGUUUUAGCUUCAACCGGAUCAUCGGCGUUGUUGAAUGCUUCUCUAAGUUCAUGGUGCUCUUUUUUCUUUUGAUAAGAUGCAGAUGUUUGAGAUAAAAACUGGUAUGCUACCUCUUGUUCACCAAAAUCUUAUUUUCACCUGGUAUUUAUCUAUGAUGAUGAAUAAAACGAACAAAAUUUUCUCCCU